UGAGGCCGCCAACCGGGCUGAACCAUCCCCUGACCGCUGAGGGGGCAGCAGUGGGUGUGCCCCGAAGCAACUACUGGACCUGUUGCUGCAGUUCCCUCUCUCAAUCUGCCGCUUCUCCCCCUUCCUUCAGCGCAAUUGUUGGUUUCGCCCCGCGCUGGCCAUAGCGACGGCAGGCGCGCCGAGGGAAGAUGGCGGCGCUGGCUCCUGUGCCGUUGCCGGCUUCGUGAGCGAGGCGCUCGUUCUUCCUCCCGUACCGUCCUCGCUCCUGCACCCGGCUCCUCCCGGCUGCUCUCCGCCUCUUCUUCCCCGUCGGGGCCGUAGGGAUAAUGUCGGACUCGGAGGAGGAGGAGAGUCCGGACCGCCAGCUCAAGCUGGUGGUGCUGGGGGACGGCACCACUGGCAAGACAUCCUUAGCUACACGUUUUGCUCAAGAAACRUUUGGAAAACAGUACAAACAAACCAUAGGACUGGACUUCUUCUUAAAAAGGAUAUUAUUGCCAGGAAAUUUGAAUGUUACUCUUCAAGUGUGGGAUGUAGGAGGACAAACAAUAGGAGGCAAAAUGCUGGAUAAAUAUAUUUAUGGAGCUCAGGGUAUUCUCUUGGUUUAUGAUAUUACCAAUGGCCAGAGUUUUGAAAAUGUGGAAGACUGGUAUAACGUGGUAAAAAAAGUGAAUGAAGAAUCAGAAACACAGCCACUUGUGGCCUUGGUUGGAAAUAAAAUUGACUUGGAGCAUAUGCGCACAGUGAAGGCUGACAAGCACCAGCGACUUUGUCAGGAAAAGAAUUUCAGUAGCCAUUUUGUGUCAGCCAAGACAGGAGAUUCUGUCUUCCUGUGUUUUCAGAGAAUUGCUGCUGACAUACUCGGCAUCAAAUUAAACAAAGCAGAAAUGGAACAAUCACAGAGGGUGGUGAAGGCAGAUAUUGUCAACUACAGUCAGGAGCCUGUGACAAGAACCGUUAAUCCUGCUAGAAGCUCAAUGUGUGCAGUUCAGUGACCACGCUGUUCUUCUCUGGUUGACACCUUUGCAGUCCUCCUGCCUUGAAACAGGCCCUGGGAUUACCAGGAACUUUGUUUUAACAGGGACCAGUGCAACAAUGCAAUUAGAGGUUUCAGAAACCUGUUGCACCACAGUCCAUUGAGAAGCAGCAGGCAGUUUUUUGACUGGCUGAAAUUCAAACAUGAGACSACACAUUUGAAAAAUUAAGGUCUAUAUAKUCUUUUAAAUUAUAUUUAAAUAAAACUGUAUAACUGUGUUUAUGUUUUYUUCUGUCUAUUUGACUGAURCCMGAAUAAAAAUGGAUGAGGAAGCCCUGCAUUCAAAAUGCUUUUAAAGACAUCACCRUGGAAGGGUAUUUUGCCAAAGCAUUUCUAAUUUUUUUUUCUCCAGUAAUUUGAACUGACACUCAGCAAAAUGUUACUUGGAAAAGCUUUUGCUGGAAUAAUUUUAAAUACAUAAUAUAUUUUAUCUAGAGAUAAUUUUGAAAGUGUUCCAUUAAUAUAUAUACUKAGCUCAAAAUGUAUAAAUUGUAUCCAGUGAGAAACAGUGCUUGAAAUAAAGCUGUUAUUAUAAAAAUAGUUUUCUGAAGUCUCUAAUUGUCUCCAUGGAUGUGCUAAAAAAAUAUUAGUGGUUUUAUGUAUUUUUAUUACCACAUCAGCAUUACUUCUUGCAGUAAUAGAUAGGCUUAUAUGUCUUUAUUAAUAUGGAUGAAUCUCAGUCUACAGUUUGGUCUGUAAAUGAUGAGUGAUAUAUUCAACAUGCAUUAGAAACUGUUGAUAGAUCAAUUAGCAUCAGUCACUUUAAGUAACUAACAGAAUGACAUUUGGCUUGGUAYUCUUUUCUUUCUAGUUUAGAGUAAAUGAUAAAUAAAAAGCUGUCUGCUCUGUGAUCUUCACACUUCUCCCCUGUUCCUUUUCUAGCAGUGCACAYAGUUCUCUGCUGGCACAUCUGAACAGAAAGCUAAGGAGAGAAAAAACAYUAGGCCAUCUCAAU